AUGUGUAUAAGAGACAGGUCUAAAUCCUCAUAUUUUCAUGAUCCAGAACCUAACAAUGAAAAUAAUAAUGAGUAUGAUGAUAAUAUUUGGGAAAUGGAGUAUGAUGAUGAUAUUAAUAACAUAGAUCAAGAGGAAGAAAGUUCCCCUAAAAACAAUAGUGGUGGUGAUGAUGAUGAGGAACAUCAUAUUUAUGAUAUAGAUCAGAAGGGAGAAGGUUUGUUUGCAUCUCCUAUAAUUGAUAGCGAUGAAAAAGUUUUUGAAUUAGGAAAUUUGGAUGAUUCCAUAAAUACCGAGAUUAUUCUAUGGGUGAUACCAUUGACCAAAUUAAGUUUCCACCUUGUUAUAGUUAUGUCACCAGGGACGCUAUAUCAACGGAAAUUUUAA